AUGGAAGAAAGAAACAAAAGCAACAAAGCAUUCAUUGUUGUUAUUUCACUACUGGCAGUAACAGCUUUUGGUGUAGGUGUUGCGGUAUAUUGGAUGCAAACGGACGCAUCUUCAAACGGUUUGUUCUCAAAUAGCCAGAAUAGUAGUGGAAGUUCUAAUAGUAGUGGAAGUUCUAAUGGCAAUGGAGCUUCUAAUGGCAGUGGAGCUUCUAAUGGCAAUGGAGGCUCGAAUGGCAAUGGAGGUUCUAAUGGCGGCGGAAGUUUUAAUGGCAGCUCAAGUGGAGGCCUUGCUGGAAAUGUCAUCUUAACUGGCAGCAAAAUAUCGACACAGCAUAGAACAGAGCCAGCUUUGACCAAACAAGAAACCCCGGGUAGCUAUAAAAAGGCGGCGGGCGCAUCUGAGCUGUCUAAUGGUGGCGAAGAGUCCGAUAAAACCAACGGUCCGACUAAUGAAUCAAACACAUCUGUUAAUAAUGCAGGCGACAAGACUGAGCCAACCGCACCAGAACAAGUUCAACCUACCGAUGAUUCAACCCAAUUAGAAAACCCACCAACCGCACCAGAGCAAGUUCCACCUACCGAUAAUUCAAAGCAAGCAGCGAAGCCAGCUACUGCACCAGAACAAGUUCAACCUACCGAUGAUUCAACCCAAUCAGCAAACCCACCAACCGCACCAGAACAAGUUCAAUCUAACGCACCAGAAGAAGUUCAACCUACCGAUAAUUCGAAACAAUCAGCGAAGCCAGCUACUGCACCAGAACAAGUUCCACCUACUGAUAAUUCAAAGCAAGCAGCGAAGCCAGCUAUUGCACCAGAACAAGUUCAAACUGCUGGUGAUUCAACCCGGCCAGGCAGCUCAUCUAACUCAGCAGACGCCUCUAACCAAACCAAGAAGUCUUAA